GCCAAGUUAUACGUGUUCGGCGCGAUCCUUACAGCGUGGCGGUGUAGUGUGGGCGACGGUUUGAUGUGAAUUCGUGGUGGAUCUCUUGCAAGUUGGUAGAGUUGAAUUGGUGCGGCGUGAGUACGUGCACGAUCUGUCCACCGUGGUCAGUUACCAUCCGAGAGCAGGAACUAGUACGUCGCGGAGGUGAGCUUGGAGCACGGGUGCUGGACAACGGGGACCUCGAGAUCCUCUAAGACAUGAUCGUGGUGGUGGAUGGCCAGACCCGAGCAACCUGGCCAAUCCGCUCUGAGUCAGGCGCUAACAUCCUGCCGGAGAGCAUCGACCAGUGCAAGGGCUACAGCGCAUUCGUGGUUCUGCUGGACUCGCUGUACGUGGACCAGCCGGACGGAGGUGAUGGAUCUGAUCUCGACUCUGAAGUUAGUGCACGAGGUGUGUGUAGUACCUUUUUCUUGUCCCUCCCUGUUACGUGCUGUCAGAGGCUGCUAUGCUUGUGGCUUCGGAUGAGAGCCAUCUGAAGGAUUACCUGAACAGCAACGCAGACAAGAUGUCGCGCUCCCUCGCCGUGUCCAUGGUCGUCGUGAAUGCUAAGGAGAUCGAGUUCGACAGUUUGGCCAAGGACAGCGCCAUAUCCAUCUACGCCACACGCCAAGCACGCCCGCCUACACUCUGGAGACGCCACACUGGUGGAUCCAGUCCAGCAACUGUACGUGGGCACGAUCAAGCAGCUAGCACCAUCGCACAGGCGCUUAACGUCACGGGACCGUUUACCACGUACUAACACCACACCCAGGCAAUGGCCCGGGCUAACGACGUCAAGGCGAUCAGGGGCAUCCUGCGCGCCUGUAUCGACUACGUGGACGUCAAGAAAAAUAUUUUAGCUGUACUGUAAUUAAGUAGCCCAUUAGCGGCGGGAUGUCAAACCCGCAAGUGUACAACCUUCAAGCUGCAGUUUCAUACUAGUACAUGUAAUGCUACGAUGGCGCUGAAGCCUUGGUAUGCUCGCUACAGCGGUCCGUCACAAAGUGCAAUUAUCCAGCAAGUGCUCCGACGUUGAGCUCAAGUACGAGCACGGAGUGCCCUCGUCCUUCGUCGUGCCCUCUCUGCCCAUCAUGGUCCUAACGAGCAGCCAAAUUUGCUCAAUGCUCUUCACUGGGGUCGGUGACGGCUUCUACAGCUGCACGACCUGCGGCAAGCAGUACAAGAAGGGCAACGGCUACACGAAUCUACUGAACCACUUACGACGCAACCACGAGGACUAUGAGCAAGAAGCCCAAGAAGCUGCGCGCCGCCAGAAUUCCCUAAACCUUCGCCUAGUCAGCCAGCGUACGCGUGAUCUGUACCGUUGUCAUAAAUGGCUACCCGAAUCAUUUGGUCUCGUAUUGGACGGAUGGACAAGCAGCAACCGUCACUACGUCGCAAUCUUUGCGGUACUUGAUAGUGCCACCGGUAAUACCGUGCUUAUCUCGUCGCUUCGUACUAGCCAGUACGACCUAAUCGCUGAUACGCUGUCGCAAUACAACAAGCCCUGGAGCGCAGUGAAGUUCAUGGGUGCUAUACCGCUAAUCGAAUGCGCUAGCCACCGCUUUAAUUUGGCAGUCAAGGACUUCCUCAAGAACGAAGACGAGUUGAUAACCAAGUUCCAUACCUUGAUGUCCAAGCUGCGUACGAUCAAAGGUAGAGCCAUUCGUCGCCGCGUCUCCCAUCUGUAACCUCUGCUGAGGAACGACACCAGAUGGUCGAGCACGUACGAGAUGGUCGAGCGCUACGCCAAACUCCAGCCGGCAAAUGUUCAGCUGGGCCUCAAUGUCCUUGUGGAGUAUGAUGUGCAACCUCUCCUACUAAGGCGUGCGGAGCCAGAGCGCGUCAAGGCGCUUCUUAAAGAUUUAGCAGCUUUUGAGGCCGAGAACCCAGCCCUGAAGCCGCGGCUGUCAACAACGGCAUCUAUAGUGAACAACCCCAAUUGAGAGCAAGGUCGCUUGAUCUCGAACGGUCGUCUUCAAGAGCCGCCGAGGAGUGCUCUAUUGUGAGAGCAGCGUUCAAGAAACGCAAGGUCGUGAAGCGCUCGCACUACGUUGACGUCGCGUACAUCUCGCCAACGUCAAACGACUUUGAGCUCUUCUUCUCUCUUGCUAAGCUGGUGCUGUCUGAUCUACGGAAGCGAAUGUCUCCAGCGAGGCUUGAGAUGAUAAUGUUUCUGAACUACAAUCGCGACUUGUGGGACCUGAGUGCGGUGGACAAGAAAACACAUGUAUUCAACUUUGAAGUGUGA